AAAACUCAAAUGUCACACGUCAUCGUUAACAAAACAAACGUCAACGACGAAUAAUAAAUAAAAUUACGAGUGUUGUGAAAUAUUGAAAUUUUUUUAGAAAAGUUAAAUUAAUAAUAUUACAUGUUAUGAUGUCUAAUUACACCGAUUUGGUGAAUAAAAUAGGCAAAGAUAGUUCGAGAGCGGCUUGCAAAAAGUGCGGUUAUGCGGGGCAUUUGACUUUUCAGUGCAGAAACUUCAUAAAAGUUGACCCAAACAAGGAAAUAGUUUUAGACGUAAGCAGUACAAGUAGCGAUAGUGAGGUGGAAUAUGCCACCCCGCUACAGAGUAUAAGAGAGGCAGAGUUAAGGCAGAAAUUGCAGGAGAAGCUUAGCAAGGCAAAAUUGAAAAAGAAAACUAAAAAGAGGAAGAGAUCUAGAUCAUCGAGUACUUCUUCAUCAAGUAGCAGUAGUUCAUCAUCGUCAUCAUCAUCAGAGAGUGAUGAGUCACAUAAGAAACGAAAACAGAAGAAAAAAUCCAAGAAGUCCAAGAAAUCUCAUAAAAAAUCCAAGAAGAGUAAAAAAUAGGCUAACACCAUAUAACUCAUGAACUUGAAUAUUGCAGAUUUUGGAAUAUCUCACAUAUUUGUAUUGCAGUUAACUAUAAGUGAGUGUAAACAUUUAGCUAAUAUUGCUAAAUGUUGCAAAAUAAGCCAUAAGUUCAGAGAAACUCAAUGUUAUGAAAUGAAAGGCAUGUUACUCUAAAACACCUAUGUAUUAUGAUUCUAAUAAUACUGAUAAUAUUUAGUUGUAUUACUAACUUAAUAGGUUUUAAUAUUCAAGACUGAUGUGUUCAAAUAAUGAAAUAGAAAUAAACUUACAAUUUUUUAUAA